AUGGACGGUUUCCAUAAUCUACUGCGUGAGGCCACAAACCCGCGCAACGUUGGCUCAACUGGUCCAACUUCUUUACCAACACCUGGAAGUCUUACACAGACGCUACAGAACGUUGGUGGAAGUCAUUCAAUGGGUAUGACACCUCCACAGCUUGGUGGUAAUGCAAACAAUGGUAUGGGGCUUCCCAUUGGUAUGAGUAUGCCACUAUCCAUGCCUGGUUUGCAGCCCUCUACCUCAAACGGUCUUGCGCCCAUUCACAGUGGCCGCAUGAACUCACUUAUGGGCGCUAACUCACCCAUGUUUCCAAGCUUAAGUAGUACUACUCCCAUGACAUCAUCAUGUGCUGUCACGUCUACGUCUACCACUUCUACGACCAAAGAGAAGAAGACGACAAAGAAACGCAAAGCUCCAAGUUCCAAUGGUGAUGGCGAGUCAGGCGAGGAUGGUCGCAAGCAGCCCGAGGAGUACGAGGACCCGAAAGCCAAGCGACGUGCACAAAUUGCAAAAGCCGCACGUAAGCACAGACAACGUCAGAAGGACGAGCUUAUUGCUUUGCGUGCUAAAGUAAAAGACUUGAAAGAACAGAUUGAGGUACUGCAGUCGUCUGAGCCGUCUGAACACAACACGGAACUUGGCUGGAAGCAGGAGGCCGAGCAACAUGCUGAGAUUCGCGCUCGCGUGGACCAGGAGAAUGAGUUUUUGCGCAAGACUCUAAUGGAGCAGAUGAAGUUUAUCCAGCGACUGCAGGAUUAUUUUACAAAGCAGCCGCUGCUCAAUAUGCCUUCGUUGGAAAUGAUUCUAAACUCGUCGUCUUCUGCUGCCACGACUCCGUCUGCACUAUCAAGUACAAUAUCGGCAGUGCCUUCAGUCCUUCAACUACAGUCGGGGUCAUUUUGUGACCGGCUCAUUGAAAUGGCCUCGGAAGCUAUGGCGAACGCUGACAAACAAAUUACGGCUUGCGAGACUGCUUUUCGCAAUCCAAAGACUUCCACUAUGACAUAUUUUGGUCUUGAAGUUCAAUACGAAAUGGGCAAGAACGAAAUGGGUAUAUUUUUCCGCCACCACCUUUACGGCUGCAAUGCGAACGUCGUGAUGAAUGACCUUUGGUCGGUCCUUGGUGACGAUGACUUUGAGAAGGGCUUUGCCUUUACGGAAACGGCCGAGGUUCUGGAAGAGCCCGAUUCCAACACGAAGUACGUCCGCCGAGUAGUGAACCUCACUAUGUCUAGCGACACUGCGGUUGGUGGAGGUGUGAUGAAAGAGGAGAGUUUGACAAUCAACCAGAAGCGCGAUAACGCGGACGGCAGUUCGUCAAUGAUUUCUCAGUCCGUUUUAAACGAUCCGAAUCACCCCAGAUUGGCCGACCAUCUUCGCCGUAACGCUACCACUGCAGUGUUAUUGAAGGACUUUAACGACGCGACGGGCCAAGGAUGCCUACUGCUGUGGUCUGUGAAGGUUGAGCUAGACAAGGACCCGGAAGAGCGUACAAAGAGCUUCAACACUGCGGACGUCGUUUUGAAGAAUCUGUUUGAAAUUGCGCCGGUGUACGUGAAAGGCGUUGUAGAUCGUGCGCGUGGAUCGUUACCUCAAAGCUAA